AAGUUAAAAUUUUUAUUGUGACAAAUUUUCGCCAAAUCUAGAGUGAAAUACGCCGCCUGUAGAUGGCAGAAGGGAAGCAAAGCGAAGCCCAAGGGCUGUCGGAAGGGCUUGGACUUGACGAGAUGGAACAGUUGGAUGACAGUGAGUUUGACCUUCCAGAGGUUGUAGCCCCACCCUCACUAGAGAGCAUCCUUAAUGAGCCUGAUGAUGACAGUUUCAACUUAGACGACCAGAACCUCGACAUCUUUCAAGAUGCGAGUGGCGAAACGUCCUCAUUGGUCAGCCUGGAGUCCCUGGCCUCGGACAAACCCCUGGCUCCCAAGAAGAAGGCUCACGUUCAGUACGCCAGUCACGGGUCCAUCCUACGCCAUGUGGUUCUGAAGGGCGUGUCAGCACAAGUCAUGUCAGCUGCUGACAGGGUUGAUGCAGGCAUGCCUACGGCCAUGGCGGUCUCACACCUAGUUGCUAUUGGAUCUUCUCAUGGUCUCAUACUGGUGUUUGACCCAAAGCAGGUUCUGAAGUGGUGCCUGGGCAGUACGGCAGUUGGUGCUCAGUAUGGAGCAGUGUCUGCUCUCAGUAUCAACCAUGACUGUACCAGACUUCUCAGUGGCUUUGCUAAAGGACAGAUCACGAUGUGGGACCUGACAACAGGGAAGCUCCUGAGAACUAUCACUGAUGCCCACCCACCUGGCACAGCUGUUCUACACAUCAAGUUCACAGAUGAUCCUACGCUGGCCGUAUGCUGUGACAGCGGUGGUUCUGUCUUUGAGCUCAGCUUCAAGCGGCUGAUGGGGAUGCGGACAUGCGAGUCGCGGUGUCUGUUCUCCGGCGCACGCGGCGAGGUGACGGCCAUCGAACCACUCCUGUCCACAGAGAGCAUCCAGGACCAUCCCAUGAAGGAAGUAAGCCUGCUGGCCAUGGCUUCCCUCUCCAAGAUGUUAAUCGUGAGCCUGAAGCCCCACCUGAAGGUCCUGUUUGCCCACCCGCUGAAGGGGGAGCCCACCACCCUCCCCGUGCUGGCCUGGCAGUUUGUCAUGAUCCAGAUCACAGACACCACCAGGAUCGUGGAUCCCGUACUCGCUUUCGGCAGGGGGAACAAACUCUUCUUCUUCCAGGUUUCCUACCAAGAAGAUGAGAUCAAGUUCUCUGCUCUACAGAAAAUGGAGCUCCCAUACGUCAUCAUUGCUGUUACUUGGGUAAACUCGAGAACUCUGGUACUGGUAGAUGCGUACGAGAAGGUCCAUGUGUUGGAUGUGCGAACAGAGGAGGAGUUAGAAGUGAUUGACAUCUCAGAUGUCCAGCUGGUCUACGCCAGCAGCUUCUUCAAGUCUCUAGCUACAGGAGGCAACGUUAGCAAGGCUCUGGCCUUGGCUGGUGAGCGAGCAUGCUACAACUCGGUGGUGAGCUUCAGUAACCAGCUUCUGUUCCUGGGCACCAAGUCUAUCCACGUGAUGACCAUCCGGACCUGGAUGGAGCGGAUAGACCUGCUGGUCAAACAGAACAAGUACAUCGAGGCUCUGGCCAUGGCUGAGUCCUUCUACAUGGGGCGGGCACGGGCAGUCGUGGGUCUGCAUGGGGGUUCUGACAAGAGGACACAGAUCAUUGCAGACAAGAUGCUGGAUUUGUUGCUGACCUACGUGGAUGUGUCUAUGACAACCCAGUGCCCUGCCAGUGGGAAGAUAGAAGUGCUGGUACAGCACUACCAGACAGUGGUACCUGUGUGUGUGGACUACUGUCUACUGCUGGGGAAAAGGAACCCCACGUUGAUGAAGGACAUCCUGUUUGGUGGCAUCUAUGACCGGUUCUGUCAGGACCCCAUCGCUCGUGGGGUGUUCCUGGAGUGUUUGGAACCCUACAUUCUCAAUGACAACCUCCGAUCUGUAACUCCUCAGGUUAUGAAGGACUUCAUGGAACAUUACCAGCACAAAGGACUUCUGCAGAACAUCGAGGCUUGUAUUGUUCACAUGGACGUGGCUAACCUAGAUGUACAUCAGGUUGUAGUGAUGUGCUGGCUCCAUGGUCUGUACGAUGCCCUGAUCUACAUCUACAACAAGGGCAUGCAGGACUACAUCACUCCGCUGGAGGAGCUGCUCAGAGUUCUGCAGAGUGCCAUCAAGUCUAACAAACAGCUCACAGAUGACCAGAUUAAGCUGGGAAACAAGCUGCUGGUAUACAUCAGCUGUUGUCUUGCCGGACGGGCGUAUCCACUGGGAGACAUCCCACCCAAUCUGGUCGACACGGUCAAGUCAGAUGUCUUCAAAUGUGUGACAGAGCUGCACACUAAAGAUGCCAGCGAAGGUGAGCAGACGUACCCGUACCUGAGAACACUGCUCCAGUUUGACACACGGGAGUUCCUGAAUGUCCUGGCACUGGCCUUCGAGGAACCAGAGUUUAACACUGAGGACGGGAUGAGACAGAGACAGAGAAUAGUAGACAUCUUACUACAGGUGAUGGUGGAAAGUGUAGGCUUCACACCGACCCAGGUGGGCUGCCUGUUCACAUUCCUGGCAAGACAGAUGGCACGACACGAGAACUCCAUCCUGGUGAACCGGCUGCUGUUCGAGCAGGUGCUGGAGUUCCUGGCCAGUCCCGAGGAUGACAGCCGACAUGAGGAGAGACAACAGGCUUUACUGGAGCUGCUGAAUGCAGGAGGUUUACAGCAGGUGGAUGAGGAAAAACUCCUCAGUCUGGCGGAGAACGCUCGCUUCUACCGCGUCUGUGAACUCCUGUAUGAGAAGAGGAGGGACUUUGACAAGAUCUUAGCCUGCUAUCUGAGAGAUGCCGCCAGGAGACAACAAGUGUUCUCCUUCAUCCACACCGUGAUGACUGCCUACGGCUACAGCAAUGAGGAGAGGAACGCUGUCCACAGGGAGGCCAUGAAACAACUGGAGGACCUGGUGUCCAUCAACAGUAAGAAGACAGCUCAGCUGGUUGUGACAGACUUCUCCCACAGUCUGACAGAGAUUGUGUCCAAACUGGAGUCUCAGCCAGUCGUCCUGUAUGACUUCCUACAGGGACUGUUUGAUACAAAGGAACAAGUUACGAUGAAGGACCCUGUAUCAACAGAGCCGUCUGUGACAGAGAAGUACAUUGACCUGAUGUGUAAAUAUAACCCACAAGGUGUCAUGGCCUUCCUCAAGAACAACGACACCUAUCGGCUGGAGGAAACACUGCAGAUCUGCAGGAAGCAUAAGUCCCUGGAAGCCACAGCCUACCUUCUGGAGAAGGCAGGAGAUGUGCAGGGGGCCUUCAACAUCAUGUUAGAGACUCUGGUCAGCAAGGUCAAGGUCCUCAACCAACUCAUGCUGUCUGACAGCUCCAACACUCCCACACAGGACUCACAGACCCAGGUGGCGGUCAGCUCUGUCCAGACCAACUUGCUGGUCAUCAUCCAGAUCCUGCAGAGGAACUCUGGGAAGAUGAAGGAGGAGGAGCGGGAGGGUCUGUGGUUCCCUCUGAUGGAGGUCAUGCUGGCACCGCAGAGGAAACAUAGGGACAGUCUGACACAGGAGCAGAUACAGGCCUACAAGGACCUGACGAGACACGUGCUGAACAGCAUGAUGGGAUACAUCGCCCUGCCCUCCAUCCUGCAGAAGAUCAUGCAGGACCCAGCCUACAACACCGGCAAGUUUGGGGAGAUACGGGAACUACUGCUCGGGAUGCUGGACACUUACAACUAUGAACAGACCUUACUGAAGACCACCAACAGCCUGUUGUCCCAUGACCUGCACUGGUCCCUGUGUAACCUGAGGGCUGCUGUCAACAAAGGUCUGGUGCCCAAACAGGAGGACUGUGGGGUGUGUGGGCAACACUUCUCUGUCACAGAGGAGCAGGACUCAGUUAUAGUCUUCAGCUGUGGACAUGCGUACCACACCUCGUGUCUCCAGUCGGUGGGCUGUUGUCACAUGAUCGAGGGGACGCCCCAUUGGUCCUGCUCCCUGUGUAACGUGGCUCGUCGGGAGGCCAAGACAGGCCGGGGCAGAACGCUGUCAUGGUCAAGUGCAACCGCAGCCAGCAAACAGGUUGAGCCCCUCCCAUCAGGUGCUGUCAGUCAACCCCGUUCCCAUGGCGAUGCCCUGCUGUCCCCCCAACAGGAGCUGUCCUACUCACAGCUGCAGAAGUCCUUCAAAGGUCCUUCAAGACUGGCCAUCCUGGCAGAGCUCAAGCGGGCGGCUAAGUAUGAAGACUCCGGCAAGGCUCAAGAUCAGAAGAAAAUCUUCAGUAGUAGUUCCAGUAUCUUACAGAAUGAAAACUUUCAACUUAAAGUUGCUGCUCCUCCAGUUAUAGAGUAGAAGUGUAUCAUACACGUGACAGUCAACAGUGAAAAUGACAGAUUUAAACCAGGAAAAAUAUUAUUACAAGUUGAACAUAAAGUUAUGUUUUUGAUUUUGUCAUUUGAUCAAUGCUUAUUUGUAGAGGUAGCAUUCUCAGUACUCAGAUAUUUGGACAGUUUAUGAAUUAAUUUGGUUGAUGUUGUAAAAUACAUAUUUAUUUCAGAAUGAGAAAGUUAAGAAGCGUACAAUAUGCUGUUCAAGUAUGAUAUUGAAUGUGAUUGUAACACAUUGUGUGAUAUUGACUUGUUAACUGAUUAGCAGGACAGAUGUCAGAUUGUGUAGUUACCAUACUUGGUCGACUUUUCCAAUAGCAGAGGCAUUUUGUCGUGAUGGACAAUAAACCAAAUGAAAUGUUAGCUCGCCUAAUCUAAUAACAGACAUCCCCAAGCACGUAUGAUGUAAUCUUUUCAGAGGAGAUGAUUGUAUACAUCACAAAUAUCACA